AUGGUUUACAUUGACGCAGAUAAGUGGAACUAUCCUGUGUAUUAUGAUAAAUGCAUGGAGCUUGUACGCAGAGGAGGAAUUAUUCUAUUGGACGAUGUAAGAAUGACUCACCUGUAUGUUGUAUACAAGUUUCGACAAGCUCAUAACCUGAGUUUGGAGCCGUGAUAAGUUCUGUGCUGGCCUUAAUUUUUCCACUAUCACUAAAGCUGAACGCAAAUGUUUUUCAACCGUGCAAGAUGAAUUAUAAAACAAUAGAUAAACGUAUUUGAAGUUGUCUUAAGGGAGCAUUCUGGGAAAGAGAAUUUAAGAAGAAAAUCGAUUUGUGAAAACGCUCCAUAAAAAGAAGUGCUGGAGUUGCUUAGUGCAAAUCGUAUAGUUUUAGGUGCAGUGGGUGAAAAAGAUCUUUAAUUCACUGAACUAUCUUAUCAACAUAAUUUUUAUUGUAAGGAACGAUAUAUGUGCCGAUGAAAGCUGUUGAAACCUAACCAAUCACAGUGGAGAACAAUGCCAAACCGGUCAACCCAUCUCCACAAGCAGUAGCAGCAAGGAGUUAAAAUGUGACGGUCCAUAUUGGAAAUGAUUUUAUUGAGAGACAAACGAUGAUUAUUGCAUUUUAACGCGAUAAACAACCACAUUAUUUAUAUAGUGUAAUUCGUAAUGUUUUAUCUUUCAUUUAGACGCUAUGGGAAGGCUAUGUUUGUGACCCAAAGAUCAACAAGGAUGGCAAAACAUCAGAGGUUGAACCACUCGACUAUCAGAGAGAUUCAAUUGAGUUAUACAAGUACCACCUUCCGUCAAUAUACAAAAGGAUUGCUGUCCACAUGCACGCGUUGAACAAGAAAAUAGUUAAGGAUACACGGGCACUGGUUAACAUCUUACCAGUUGGAUCGGGCCUUACCAUAGUCACAAAAUUGUGA